UGCUCCUCCACGUACUCUAUCAGUAAUCUACACAUGUUAACUUGUUUACGUACUAUUUACACUUAACAUCCGUAGAGUAGAAUACAAAUCCUGUGAGUUAAACGCUAUGUAUUUCUUCUUUAAUGUGUGAUUGGAUGCAGUGUGUGGUGCAUAUUUAGUGGGCAGCAACACAGCCUUUUUCAAAGAGCCACUAGUUCUGUCUUCGUCGGCUCUUUUCACAGCUUCUCAGAAGUGUUUCACAUGCACACAUGGGCUGCAAGCAUGACUCGCCUCAAGUGUAGGCUUUUUUUUUUCGUGAAUUGCUAAAAUGUAUCACCCGUCCAAGUUGUGGGAAUCCUUUGUUUUAGCAAGUCCCUCAAAGUGUGAACGAUUGGAGAGCUGUCAGGAACAGGCAGCGUGUUAAACACUGUAUUAUUGCUGUACCUUUCUCCACACGUGAUGCUAGUUACACAUGUGCCAGUCUCUUUGCACAUUGCUGCUCAUUCUCUUGCUCUAGCAUUGUGGAAAUGAAUCAUUUAGUUUAUCACCUGCAGCAUCAGUUUUUUGGAGGUUUUCAGCAAUGCUUUAACGGACAAUUCAGAAGACGUUAGAUAGUGAAUUUGGUAUCUCUUUGAUGUACAACUGACUCAGCAUUUGGAAAUGGAUUAGUUAUUACGAUACCAAGAAAAUCGAGUGUUCAGGACACGAAACAGGGUGUGCGUUAGACCUAACCGAUGACUCAGCCUCUCCCCUUCACAUUAGGUGUAAAAGUUAAGCCCAUCUUUUAUCAAACUGUCAUUAAAACAGACAACGCCUCCAUUUCAAACACAAACCCCCAACCAAGCAACAGCCAGUGACAUGAUCAGUGUGAUCUUCGCUUUCUCAGGUCCAGGAAACCUCUCUCUCUCUCCUUCUCUCUCUCUCUCAGUUUGCCAUUUGAUGUUUAUGUCACCGCACACAAAAUUAACUGUCGACAUGUGUGUUUUCUUUUUAAAUCAGAGCUCCUCGGAUGAUGCAAAGAAGGUGAUGCGGAGAGAGAAGAACCGGAUCGCUGCUCAGAAGAGCAGGAUGAGGCAAACUCAGAAAGCUGACAGCCUGCACUUGGAGAGUGAAAACCUGGAGAAGGAGAACGCUGCCCUGAGGAAGGAGGUGAAGCAGCUGACGGAGGAGGCCAAGUAUCUGUCCUCUGUGCUGAGCAGCCACGAACCUCUGUGCACCGGCCUGGCCCCUCAGACCCCCGACCUCAUCUACCCUCCUCAUCACGGCAGCUACCACCACCAGCACAUCACCGUGCCACACUACCAGCACUGACCUGACCGAGGACCUGCUGCAAAAUGAUGACUGACCUCAAUGGAGAGAGAGACUGACUGGAAAUGUGUCUAGAAAUGUUAAUCAUUGUUCUAAAACAUGAACAUUAACAUGACCAGGCCAGUAUGUCUGCCAAACAAUGACAGUACGGACCCCAAGCUGUAACAAGCAGUGUUCAAAACUAUUUAUUUUUGCUUGUGCUCAUCUCUUUGCUUUCACCUGAUUAUUAUUAUUAUCAGUUAUCUGUAUGUGAACUUAGACGGCUCGAUAAGUAGAGUUUUCAACCAGCCUAUGUUUACAUUGGGAGAAAAAUGACCAACCUGCUGUAUGUUCAGGUGACUCAGGCGGUACAGUGUUUUUGUAAAUUUUUAGCGUCAUCGAGAUCACCUUUUUGUCAUCUUGUCAUUUAUUUACUUUUCUCGUGUUUAUGAAUGUGUUUCAAUGUGUUGAUGUAGAUCGAUAAUGCUCAGGAGAUUUUGACAGAUUUGAUUGUGGACAAAGAGAAUGUAGAGUCGAGAUCCCCCCCCCCAAAAAAAAAAAAUGUACCAUAAAAGAAACGUCUGUCCAGUGAGGAAUGGGCAUUCAGUGGGUCUCGACUUGUGUACCGGUGACAAUGCUGAUGUGGGAGAAUACCCAGUAAAAUAUAUAUUUAUUAAAUGUGAUGCCUUUCAGGUGAUCAUUUCUGACCUCCACAUGCUUUGUUAUUCAUUCCUCAGUGCAGUGUUUGUCUUUGUCUGGACUGCAGAGUGUGUAAAGUCUGCACUGGUGUUGAUAACAGGGAACACGUGACAAUCCAUCUUCGUGCUCUGUGUCUCUGAUGAGAGAAACCCCUAGGUGGCGCUGUUCACCAGUAGAUGCAGUUAAAGCAGCCCACAUUAAGCACAACAAAAUAAACAUACAUUCUGCCCUGAGUGGAAAGGAAUUUAAGUUUUGUCCUUGAACCCAAC